AUGGAAUAUUCAGAAAGCGAAAAAAGUAGUAGUGAUGAAAGAAAAGAUGUAAAUAAUUUAAAAAGUGAUAAUAAUAAGGAUAGCAGUCAUAGUGAUAAUCAUAGUGAUAAUCAUAGUGAUAAUCACAGUGACAAUCACAGUGACAAUCAUAGUGAUAACCAUAGUGAUAACCAUAGUGACAAUCAUAGUGAUAAUGUUUAUGGAGAAUCCAAAAAUGGAAGAAAAAAAAUUAAAGGAUUCUUCAAAUUAAAUAAAGGAGAUUCAGAAGAUGAAAAGAAAGAAAAAGAAACAAAAGAUCAUGACUUGAAGGACAGAGGAGAAAUACCUAAAGAAAAUAUAAACAUUUCAACAGAAAAAAAAAAAAAAAAAAAAAAUAGUGAUAGUAUUAAUUAUAAUAAAAAAUAUUUUAAUAAAAAUAAAAAAAAUGGGAAAGAAUCAAGUGAACAUUCUUCUUAUUCAGAUGAAAAUUUUUUUGAAGCAGCAAAAAGAAAUAAAAUAUUAAAUGAAGAAAUAUAUACAAAUAAAGAUAAUGAAGAUUAUAUGUGUGAUAUGUCUAUCUUUAAUGAUGAUAAUAAUGUAGAUGAUUCUUUAUUUGAAAAAAAUGAUGAUAGAUCUGAUGAUCAAGAUGAAAAGAGCAAAUAUAAAAGGAAAGGUAAACGUUAUUCUAGUGAUAGUUAUAGAGAUAAUAAAGAUAAAGAUGAUAGUAGAGAAUAUUCAUCUGAAAGAUAUUCAUCUGAAAAGUAUUCAUCUGAAAGGUAUUCUUCAAAUAAUAGAAAUCAAUCACAAAACUUUUUAAAUAAUAUUAAAAAUUUUUGUAAUACAUAUAUAUUAAAUAAAGAUAAAGAUGCAAGUAGAGAUACAUAUCAAGAUGAUGAAAGUAGUAGAGAAAGAACUUAUGAAGAGAACACUACUGAACAUGCAAAGGAGGAUACACAAGAAUGUCAUAAAAAUAAAAAAAAAGAAAUCCUUAUGAAUAUAUUAUCUAAUGAUAUAAAUAUAAAUAUAAAUAAAAAUGAUGAAAAUGAUGUUUUUAUGGAUAGAAAUUUAAAAGGGAAAAAAAAAGAAAUAGAAAUAAAAAAGAAUCAGGAUGUUAUGAAAAAUAUGUUAAACAUAAAAAAUAAUGCAAAUAUAAAUAUAUAUAAUGAUAAAGAUAAUUUUAUAAACAUAGAUGAUACAUAUCAAUCAGAAUAUUUUAAAGAUAACAAAAAAAAAAUAUAUGAUGAUUUAGAUAAUGAAAAAGAAAAUAAUGUGAAUAAAAUGACACAUGAAAAGGAUAUUAUUAAUAGUAAUAAAUUUUUAUCACAAAAUAGUAGUAGUAUAUAUAGUCAUGCUGUGCAACAAGAUUAUUCUGAUGGAAUAAAAAAAUUUAAUAAAAAUUCUUUCUAUAACAAUUUAGAAAAUAAGAAAUUAAUAAAUAUAAAUAAUAUUUAUGAUAAAUAUAAAAUAAUAUUAUCUGAAAUAAAAUCAGGUGAUCAUUUAAAUAAUGUCGAAAAAAAAUUAAAUGUUAUAGAAAAUUCAUUAUUAUGUAUCUUCGAUUUACAAGAUAAUGAUUAUGAACAUGAUCAUCAUUUUAAUAAUAUAAAAGGAGGGAAAUUAGAUAUAAAAAAAAGAUUUUCUGAAUUAUUUGAUGAUGCAUUAAAUACAUUAAUUGAUAAUUAUGAAGAUGUAAAAAAGAAAGAACAAUCUGAAAAUGCAAAUAAAAAAGGUCAAUUAAAUUUAUCAUGUGAUUUUAAUUUAUAUUUAAGAAUUUGUAAAGUUGUUUUAAAUGACGAAAAACAUAUACGUAGUAGUAAUAAAAAAAAUAUGUUAUAUUAUAAUAAUAUUUAUAAAAUUAAUUAUAUUAAAAGUAAUAAUAAAAAUAAAGAUAUUUUAUAUAAUAUUCAUUGUAGAAAUAUUUAUUUAUAUUUAAUCUUGUCAUCACGUGAAGGUAUUGAAAAAAAAAAUGAACAAUGGAAAAAACAAAUGAACAAAUUAAAAGGAAUAAAGAAAAAAAAUCAAAAUGAAAUAGAUAAUAUAUUAUACAAUACAAAUAAAUUAAAUAAUUUAAAUAAAAUUAAUAAUAUAAAAAAUAUGUAUAACAUUAAUAAUGAAGAAAAAAAUUUGAUCAAUCUUAGUGUUUAUUAUGAUGAAAUAAAUUAUAUAAAAAAAGGGAUUCUAGAAAAAAUACAUGUAUUAUGGUUUUAUGAAAAAAAAAAUGAAAUACAUUAUCUUCAUUUAUAUAAUCUUAACAAUAUUAAUAGUAAAAUGUUAUCGAUUAUAAUUGAUGGACAUCUUGAAUGUAUUGAUGUUGUUUAUUUAAAUAAUUUUUUUCCUUUAGAGAGUUUUUAUAAUUGUAUUAAAAAUUAUUAUCUUAUGGUUAUAACAGAGAAUUCAUUUUAUUUUUUUAAUAUCCAUUUAUAUUUUAAUUGUGAAGAAGAUUAUAAUAUAUCUGAAAAUGAAAAGUUGAUAUAUCAAAAUAUAUAUCCUUUUUAUUUUAAUAUUUAUUUAUUCUUAUUAUUUAAAGUACCUAAAGAUUCUAAAUUAAAGUUUGAAUUUAUUCGUUCACAUGAAAAAACUGAAAGAAUAUUUCUAGUUGUUGAUGAUGGAAAUGUUUAUGAAUUUAUAUAUGAGAAAAAAAAUUUAUUUGAACCUUUAAAUAUGUUUAAAAAUAUUAUUGUUAAUUCAAUAUCUUCUUUGAUUAAUACAGUUAAUGAAAAAAUAUUUAAUUCAUCAAAAAAUAAUAUUAUAGAUAAUACACUAAUAGAUGAUAAUAGUUCUCUUAAUUAUUAUGAUAAUAGAAAAAGUUCAAUGAACUCUUAUAAUAUUUCUAAUACAUAUCCAGAAUAUAUAGAUAAUAAAACAUUUAUUGAUGAAUAUAAUAAAAAUAUAUAUUGUGAUGAUUUACAUGAUUAUCCUAUCAAUUUUUAUUUAAAAAAAAUUAUCAGUACUUAUUUUAUUAAAUAUUUUGCCUUUUUUAAAAAUAAAGUUAAAAAAAUAAUUAUAGAUAAUGAAAGAUCUAUUCUGUAUGUCUUAUAUGAAAAUAGUGAUUUGUAUGUAAAACUAUUAUCAAAUAGGGCUGAUACUAAUAAUAAUAAUAAAAAAAAAAAUUAUUUAUCAGAUACUAUUAUAUUUACAAAGGCAGAACUUAUAAAAGAGUUGAGCAAUAUCUAUUUUAUUGAUGAUAUGAAUGUUAUAUAUAAUGAUUUGUAUAAUAUGAAUAAUGACAUGUUUUUUAAUGCUCCAAAUAUUAAUAAUAUGAAUAGUAUGAUCAAUAUGAAUAAUAUGAAUAGUAUGAAUAAUAUGAAUAGUAUGAUCAAUAUGAAUAAUAUGGUUAAUAUGAAUCAUAUGAAUAAUAUGACCAAUAUGAAUAAUAUGAAUAAUAUGACCAAUAUGAAUAAUAUGAAUAAUAUGAAUAAUAAAUUCGGAUUCACUAAUAAUAAUAUAGAUCCCACAACAUUUAAUAAAUUAAAUAUUAUCGAUAUACACAUUAACCAUAUACAUGAAAGAAAUAAUAUCUUCUUAAAAAUGGUUGAUAAUAAUUUUAACAUUUAUUAUUUGUCACUUGUCAAAAAUAUGGAUACAAAUAAUUAUAAACUCAUUUUAAAAGAUUUUCAGAACUUCCCUCAUAAAAAGGGUCUCAAAAUUAAUGACAAGAAACCUGACGUUAUUUUUACACACCAUUUAAAGAAUUUAUUUGUCAUAUUAAAGAAAAAAAACAUAAAAAAAAAAGAAGCUAACAAAAAUAUUGUGAACAAGGAUGAUGCACAAUCAAAAAAUAAACCAUUCUUCUUUUUUAAUAAGGAUAAAAUGGAUAGCGAUAAAACAAAAACAAGAAAAACACACGCACACAAAAAAUAUUCCACAGUUCAUAUGAGGGAUGCUGGACGAGAAGAGAAAAACACACAGGCAAAUGCAAAAUAUAAAAUGACAAGUAAACAGAAAAAAGCAAAAAGAAAAAUAAAAAAAGAAAAAGGAGAAGAAGAAGUAGAAGAGGGAAGAAGAAAAAAGAGUUAUAGAAGAAAAGAACAUUCAAGUGAUGAAAAUUUGUAUGAUGAAAAUUCGUAUGAUGAAAAUUCCUAUGAUGAAAAAUCUUAUGAUGAAAAUUCUUAUGAUGAAAAAUCUUAUGAUGAAAAGUCUUAUGAUGAAAAAUCUUAUGAUGAAAAUUCUUAUGAUGAAAAAUCAUAUGAUGAAAAUGAAAAAAAUACUUACAAAGAAGACAGUUAUGAUAAUACCAGUGAUUAUAAUAAUCAUUAUAAUAAGCCCAAUGUUGAAGAAGAUAACGAAGGAGAAGAAGAAAAGGUGUGCUAUAAAUUAAAAUUAUUAACAUGUGCAGACGAUAUUGGAAGCACUAAUCAUUUUUCAAGCUCAAGUAAAAACAAAUUUAUUUUCAAGCAAAUAAACGAAUAUUAUAUCAAUGAAGAAAUUAUUGGUGUUAUUUAUAAAAAAAAAAAUUACUAUUUUCAUGAAUUCUUUGAACAAUCUGAAAAAGAUAAUAUUCUCAAAGAUUUUUAUGUUAAUAAAAUGAAACAAGAUAAUUUAUCCAAUAUAUUAGCUAGAAAUGAAAAAAAUCGAUUUAACCUGAACAGUCAGGUAAAAAGUGAGCCAAAUUUGAGAACAGCAUUGGGUAAUAAUUUGACUAGUCCAAAUAUGAUGCCUAAUAAUAUGUCUACUAUGAGUAUACCAAAUAUGAAUAUGCCUAAUAUGAAUAAGUCCAAUAUGAAUAUGCCUAAUAUGAAUAUGCCUAAUAUGAAUAUGCCCAAUAUGAAUGUGCCUAAUAUGAAUAUGCCCCAUUUGAAUAUGCCCAAUAUGAAUAUGCCCCAUUUGAAUGUUCCCAAUAGGAACAUGCCCAAUGUGAUAAAUGUAGAUAAUCCAAACAACCUGUACAAUUCAGGUUAUCCUAAUAAACAGUCAGGUAAUCUUUAUGACGAGCGAACUUUUAUGAAUAUGGGUGAAGUUCGAGAUAAGAUGGAGAGUAUACCUCCAUUUUAUUUAUAUGAAAAUACAGUGAGUGAAUAUCAAGAAUAUUAUGAUUUGAUGAUUAUAACAAAGAGACAUAUAUAUUAUAUAAGUAAGAAUACAAGGACACAGAAAAUAGAAAAGAUGAUAAAUAACUAUUUGCCCUAUAAGAUAUCUUAUGAAAAUCGAAAUAUAGAAAGUAUCGUUUUAAAUGAAAUAAAAAUAAAACAGUAUGGUAAGAAAAAUCAAGAAGAUUUUUAUAAAAGCAUAAAACAGAAUAUGUUGAUGAAAAUAAAUAAUGACAAGAAUAAUAUAAUAUCAAAACAGAUGAUUAAUUCUGUAUCAGGUGGUAUACAUAUAGAUAUUCCACCUUCUCCUACUAGUUUAAUAAAAGAAAAAAAUGAGUAUGAAGAAAUAUAUGAAUAUUUUAUGAAUCAAAUAAUUGAUUUAUCUUCAACUGAGGAAUUUUUAUUUAUUAUAUGGAGCAUUUUAUUGAAUCAUGUAUAUAAAUAUGAGAUCAUGUGUUUUAAUAAUAUUCAGAGUGUUAGUCAAAGGGAAAUAAAAAAUAAGUUGAAUGAUGAUAAGAGUAAACGAAAUAUAGAUACAAUUCAUAAUAUGGAUAAUAUGAAUUAUUAUAAUAGUUAUGGUGGUCCAAGAAUGUCUAUGAAUAUUGGAGGAUCUAGUGCAGGGCAAGAACAGAAAAAAUUAUUUUUACACAACGCUAAGAAAAAUGACUUGAAUGGUAUUAAUAAUAUUUCCUUUUCAAGAGAUUAUAGAGGGAAAUCAAAUGAUGAUGGGGUGUUAAAUCCAAAUGAAGAUGAAGAGAAUAUGUUUGAAAAUUCUUAUAUAAAAAAAGAUUGGAAUAAUUAUAAUAAUGUCGAUUAUGAUGUAUUGAAUAAGAUAUAUAAAAGAACACCGUUUAAAUUUGGAUUUGUAGAUAAGAGUGCAGAUUAUAUAAUAAAACAAGGGAAGCUACAAAAAGCUAUGGAAUUAGAAAUAAAAACCAGAAAGGUUAAAGGAAUAAAUCAUUUAUUUAAUGAUAAUAUAAUUGAUGAUCUAGAAAAUGAAUUAACAAAAAAUGGAGGGAAUAAUAAAAAUGGAGAAUAUAAAAAUAAAAAUGAUAAUGUGAUAGAUAAUGAAAAUAUAUUAUUAAAUGAUACAGCAUAUUCAAAUUUAUAUAAUGCUUAUCAAAAAAAUUCCUCAAAACAAAAAUUAUUAGAAGCAGAGAGAAAUAAAAGUGGAACCUUUGCAUUUGAGUAUUUAACAAAUAAAAAUUUUGAUAUUGUAUUUUUAAAAAAUUUAAAAUGUUAUAAUAAUUCAUUGCAUAUGUUAUCAAGAGGAUUGUUAUUAUUACUUAGUCGUUUGUUAAAACCUGUUAUGUUUAUUAAUUUAUUUUCGUAUGAAAAAUAUAGGGACAUAAAUGUUUUCAAGUGUUCAAGUAACGUUCCCUAUAAGUCUAGAAAAUAUAUGAAGGUAUCUGAGGCAUCAAGAGGUGUUGGUGUUUCGAUUAUUUCUAAAGAGAAAAUGGAAGAAGAGGAAGAAGAAAGCUUUUACAAUAUGAAAGAUUUUUGCAUUAUUCGUAUGAGCGAUUAUAUGUAUUCAAGAAGGAAGAGGAAAAGAAAUAUAUUAGAAGAUGAUAGUAACAUGUUAAUAUUAAUUGGAAAUCUUCCUUUAGAUUUUUGUUUAAAUUUAGUUGAGAAAUUAAAAUGUUUAAGUAUAUGUGUGAGUAUUGUUUUACGUAGUUUAUUAAAAAAGAAGAAUGAAUAUACAAAUAAGAUAAAGAAUAUAAAAGAUGUAUCAAUUAUAAAUAUAUAUUAUGAUUAUACUUUGAUAAUGAUAAAUGAGAUAAAUGAAUUUUAUUCGAUAUUAAAUUUUAUAAACUUUAGUAUUGAAUAUUUAUUAAUAUAUUGUAUAAUAAUAUGUGAUUAUUAUAAGAAUAAGAGUAUAAUAAAAAAAAAAAAUAUAGGAAAUAAAAAAAAUUUUAUAUAUUUAUCUAGUACUUUAUUUGAUUUAUUAAUUAAAUGUAAUUUUAUGAGAACAUAUUUAAGUUCAACAUAUAGGAAUAUUUUAAAACAAUGUUUAUUUAAUAUUAUAAAAGCUGGGAAAUAUAUACCUGUAGAUUUUUUUCAAGGAUAUAUAAUACAUAAGAAUGAAUUUUUAGCUUUAUUCUUAACAAAAAGAAUUGAAGAAGAAGUUUUUUUAAAGAAAAAAAUGAAAGUGAAAGAGCAGUAUGAUUAUUAUUAUAAUAAUAAUAAUAAAAAUAAUAAAACUGAUAAUAAUUUAUUAACACAACAUCAUAAAUAUGGUGAUUUUAUGGCUUCAUCUGAAAAACGUGCAGAACAUUUUAUAAAUGAAAAUUUAAAAAAUGCAAUGAUAAGUAUAAAUAUUUAUAAAUUAAUUAUUUUAUUAUAUAAAGCUGAUUAUUAUAGAUGUGCAAGCACAUUGAUAUGUUUAUAUAUUGAUUCUUUUUAUAAAACAUUAGGAGCAGAGAAACAUAAAAGUAUGAUUCUUAAGAAUGAAGUUGUUACAGAUAUGAAAUUAGGUAAACCAAAUGUGAACAAUUAUAAUAUUAACAAGAAAAAUAAAAAUCAAGAUUUUGAUAUUACAAAUAAUAAUAAUAAUAAUAAUAUAAAUAGUAACAGUAGUAAUAAUUUAAAUGUUUAUAAUAAUUCUUUUCAGAUUCAUUCAAAGGAUCCAGUGAAUGAAAAAAAAAAUAUUCAAGUACUAGAAAAACAUUUGAAAAUGUUAUGUGAGAAUUUUUUUAAUUCAGAAGAAUUUUAUUCUAGUAAUAUAAUAAUUAAUAAUAUGGAUAUUGAAUAUACAUAUGAUUAUUUUAUUUUAUAUGAAAAAUGUUUUCUACCUAUAGAAAGAAUAGUACAUGUAAAUUAUAUGAAAUAUUUAUAUAAAAAUAAUGAAAGGAAAAAAAAUAAGAUUCGUAAAUUUGUUAUAACAUUAUUAGAAUAUUCAAGAGAUAUAAAUUUUCAUUUCUUUAUAUUUAAUUUAAUAUUAUAUAAAUGUAAAAAUGAAUUUCCAUGUUCUAUUUUUGAAUUACAUAUUUCUCAAUAUUUAUAUUUCUUUGUGAAAUUAAAUGAACUUAAUAUUAAAGAUGCUUAUAUAUAUUAUUUUAAUAACUUCAAAUAUCAAGAUAUGAUCAUAUAUUUUUCAAGAAAAGCAUUCUAUCCAUGGCAAACAAAUGUAGAACAACAAAAAUAUCAAACAUUAUCAUAUAUUUAUAAUGAUAAAAUAAAAAAAACAACAACAAAAAAAAAUCAUACUUAUAAUGAAAGGAAUAAUGAGACAUAUAUAGGUGAAGAGGGAUAUACAGAUAUUGAAAACGAACGUUUAAAUAAACAAAAUAAACGAUUAAAUGUAAGAAGUGCUACUAGUCAAUAUGAUGUUAUGAUGAGUGAUAAUGUAAAUAGUUAUAAUAAAUAUGAUACAAGUGUGAAUAAUAGAAAGGAUGCUAUGAAUGAGAUGAAAAGGAAACAGAAUAAUAAAAAAAAAAAUAUGUUAUAUGUAGAUGAAACAGAUAUUGAAGGAAUAGGAAGAGAAAAUACAAAUACAAAUAAAAAAAAAAAUAUAAAUACUAAUGUAAUCUAUAAUAGUUCAUAUAGUAAUAUAAAUAAUAGCUCUUAUAGUAAUAUAAAUAAUAAUAAUAACAUAUAUAAUAGUGAUGAUAAUAUUAUAACAUAUGAAAAUAAUACAAAUUAUUUAUCAGGAGUACCCAGUUAUACACAUAUACUUAUAAAUAAACAAUUAAAUGAAUAUUAUUAUGAAGGCUUACAAAAUUAUAAUAAAAUGAUGAUGAUAAAAGGUUCACAUAUUAUUAAUGAAUUACCAAAUAAUAAUUAUAUAUAUGAAAAUAAUUAUAUAGGACAGAAUUAUAUGAUGAUAAAUCCAUUAUAUAAUAGAGAGACGAAAGAUAUUUUUUAUACAAUUUAUAAAUAUUUAUUUAAAAUUAUUUCUUAUCCUAGUUUAAAGAAAAGAAUGGAAUUCAUUGAUAAUUGCAUGAAGACCAAAAUAUUUGUUAUUCGAAAAUUAUGUAAUUUUAAAAAUAGAACCUUCUCAUCUAAUAAAAAAAAUAAUAAAAUGAAUAGAGAUGGUAGUUAUAUAGAUAAUAUAUCAUCCUAUUAUAAUGAUAAUAAUAAUGAUGAUGAUGAUAUUUUAAGAAAAAAAAAAAAAAAGGGAAGAUCUGAUGGAGUAGAUGUAAUACCUAAUAGUAGUGUUGAUAAUAACAAAAUAUAUAAUAAUAUAGAAGAAAAAUAUAAAAACAAUAGAAAUUAUUUUCUUCUGAAUGGUGUAGAUGUUUUAAAUAAAAAAGAGAAAAAUGGUUAUUAUAACAAUAAUAAUCUAGAUGAUGAUAAUAUUUAUAAUAAUAUAAGACGUUCACAUGUGUCUUCAAGUUCUUAUAGAACAUCACAUAAUAAUAUAAAAUAUGAUAUAAAAGAAGGAGGAAGUGAUAUUAUAUAUAAUACAAGUAAUAUAAAAAAGAAUAAAAAGAAAAUAAAAAAUAUUGAAGAAAUAUUUAAUAUUAAUAGUAUGUUAAAUAAAGAAGCUUUAAAAAAUUAUUAUACAGUUGAUAAAACAAUAUUAUAUGAUGAAUCUUAUUGUAACUUAUUAAAAGGUAUCUUUGAAAAAAAUAAAUGUUUAUUUAAAUUAAAAGAAGAUUAUUGGUCUAAACAGAAUUCAUAUUAUUUACAUUUAAAAGAUAUAAAGAAAUGUAGGACAUGUUUAAAUUAUCAAAAAUUAUUAUUUCAUGAAAUAAUUAAUUUAUUUGUUUUUUAUGUAUAUAAAUUUUGUAAUUGGGAUGUUUUAAAAAAUUAUUUCGAUAUUUUAAUAAAUGGUCCUCAAGAAGCAAUCAUAAAAGUGUUAGAACAUUUUAGAAAUAUAAAUAAAGAACAAAUAGAUGUAAUAAAAAAAUCUUAUAAUAAUAUGUAUGAAUAUUUAUCUAAAAAUAAAUAUCAACAUAUAGAUGAUAUUAUAAAUGAUUAUAAUAACAAAAUAAAUAAUAUAGAACGUAAAAUAAAUAUUAAUCGUAUUAUUGAUAUUAUAGAUACAUUUAAAGAAUAUUUAUUAUUAAUACAACAAGAAAUACAUACAAAAGAAGAAUUAAAGAAUAAUAUAUUUGUCAAAAGUAAAAUAUUAUUUAAAAACUUCUUACCUUCAUUUAAUUUAUUAAAAUUAAUAAUAUUAUGUGAUAAAAAAAAAGAAAAAAUCGAAAAUUUAAAUACGAAUUGUUUCUCAACAGUAAAUAAUAUGUUAAGAAAUGAUAUGAUUAAAGGAAGUACUUUUUAUUUUUCUAAAUAUUCAUAUUGUUUUGAAAGAUUAUUAGAUUAUGCUUUCUCUUUAACUAUCACAUUUGAAAAUAUUAAUUUUAUUAUUAAUUAUAUAGGAGAUGUUUUAAAAUUAUAUCAUGUAGAUUUUAAAAAUUCUUUAUAUCUAUUAGUUAUAAUUAAAUUACAUAAAUUUAUAAAUAACUUAUUUGAAAUAACAAAGGUAAGAGAAAUACUUAAAACCAAAGUCAGUAUAUUAAAAAGUAAUAAAUAUUAUGAACGUAUGAAAUUAUUAUAUCUUUUAAAUUGUAUCCCUCUUAUAUAUCUAGACCCACAUAUGAAUGUUAUAUUAAUAAAUGAAUCAUAUGAAUAUAAAAUGAAUGAUGAUGAUAAAAUCAUUUUUUCAAAAUUAUCUCCAUUCUCUUUAGUAAGUAAAGUAGUCAACCAUAAAUUAAGAAGUGUAUAUACAUAUCACGACUACACAGAUAAUCUAGAAAAUGAAGAGGACGCAGAAAAAAACAAAACAUCUAAAACUAUCAAUGAAGAAACAAAAAGUGCUAGUAUAUAUGAAGAGUCAAAAAAUAUAAAUGAUGAUCAUAUGUCAUAUGAUUCUUCAUCUGAUUUGCAAAAUCAUAUAUCAUAUGACACAUCUGAUCACUCAUAUGAUGACAAUAAUAAUAAUAAUAAUAAUAAUAAUAGUAAUAGUGGUAGUAGUCGUCCUAGCCAUGUGAAACGCAUGUCAAAGGUAUCAUCUAAACAAAAUAAUAAUAAAAGAAAGAAUGAAAAUAUAAAUGCAUCUAAAAAUAAAAAGAAUUAUAAUAAUGAGGAGAAUGAUGAACCAUAUAAUAUUCAUAAUAAAAUUAAAAAGGAUAAUAUUGCUAUUGAUAAAGAUGAUAGAAAAACAUUAUAUUAUUUAUAUAAUGUAAAUUAUUGUUUUAAUGAUAAAAAUAAUAAUGUGAACAAUUCAACUUUAUUUGGUAAUGCUCACAAUCCAGAAUUAGUUGUAUUAAGUUAUAAAAAUUAUUGUUUUUAUGUUGUAUGGAUUUCUAAUUUAUUAUUAAAUCAUAAAAUAGAAUAUCAAUCUUUAAUAUAUGUAUAUCUAAAAAUAUAUAAUAAUGCAAAACAUCAAAAAGCAUCAUUAUUAGAAGAACAUGAAAUUACAAUUAUUUUAUAUUAUUUAUUUACUAUGUGGAUUAAUGGAGAUAAAAAUAAUUCUUCUUUUUUCUUUUAUAAUGAAGAAAAAAGUUAUAAUGAAAAAAAUAAUCUUGGAUACUUUUUAAAAGAUACAUAUGGAAAUUUACAAUAUAUCAAUAAUUAUUCUUUAAUUACAUUAUUAAAAGAAUUGUUAUCAAGAGCAGAAUUCUAUUUUGAAUAUACAUCUGAUGCAGCUUCAAGAAAUUAUGAUAUUAGUUGUAUUAUUCUUGAUUCUUCUAUAUAUGAUAAUGAAAAAGUAAAAAAAUCAUCAGUAGAUAUUUUAAAAAAAUUCUUUGAUAAUAUAUACAUCACAUUUAAUGAUGUUCUUAUUAAAAUACCAUUCUUAAAUCAAAUUCUCGAAUUCCAAAAAAUACACGAAUUUUUAAAGAGGUUUAAAAUAUAUCUAGAUGAAAUCAUUUGUCGCAUCACAUUGAGCGAGGGAAACUAUAUUUAA